AUGCAGUUCUCAAAGGUUCUCUGCGUCCUCUUCCCGGUUGCCGUCCUGGCGGCGCCGUUCAAGACCUUCGAGGUCCCGACGCUAGAUCCCAACACGGUUGCACCGGUGGUUCCCGCUAUCGACCGCCGUGUUCCUCAGGCGGACACUUAUACCCCUAUCACUAGUCUACAUGCUCAAUCUGCGAGGAGGAACGUUCAGGAGACGGGACUCCUAGGUCCCAUUGCGAACACGGCUCCGGUUCAGGGCCUCACCAGCCGCACCUCAACUCCCCACGCGGCUGGAAAGGAUGCUUCGGUUCUCCGAAUGAAGUCCCCCGGAAUCAUUCCUGCUGGAGUGACUGCUCUCAACGGAUACUAUGUUCCUACCAAUCCUUCGAUUCCCGGAACCUCAGAGAUCAAACAAUUCGACUUCACGGUUGACGGUCAUCCCAAGUUGAUUAGAGUCUUGCAUCGACAAGACCGGUCCGUUGAGCCGCCCCGCUUCCGGCUCCGAGUCGUGGAGCACCCCAACUGGGCGACACGGUCCGUGCGCAAAAGAAAGGUCGACUGGAACGCCGCGGUGGACGCAGGUCCAGCACCGUUCACCCACCCCACCGCGACUCUGCCGGACAUCUACAAGGCAGUUUUGGAGACCCUCGGACGCGAAAUCUCGGAGGCUACGCUAGAACAGAUCAACAACCUCCACAAAGACGACACCACUCUCGACCUGCCCCUCGAGGGAGACAAGGUCUGGUUCGAUGACUACAGCUGGAUUCAGCUUCCCGUUAAGCGUUCUUCGUACCUAGCCAUCGACCCAGACGACGACGGUGACUCUGACGACACCGGCACCGUAGGCGACAACGACCGGUACCUCGACUGCGAUUUCGAUUGCGGCGACGCUUUCGCGGACGAGAACGAGAAGACAUUGCAGGGCGAUUCUGACACGGCUGGCAAAGAUUGUGACGGCGAUUAUACAAUGGCUCCCUCCGGCCCCAAGGCGCAGAGCGUUGCGCAGAGUGCUGCUGCCACGAACAACUCAGCACCGGCCGCCGAACCCGCGGCUGCUAAGGGUCCGCACCCUGGACAUAUGCAGGUGUCUUGCCAGUUCACGAGCGAGCAGAGAUUGAGACGCAUGCUGCGAGACAACAAGAGCGAUCCAGCUAGGGAGGAUAGCUACCGUCUUCAGGGAGUGCAGCUCAUCGAUAACGUCCGCACCAUGCUGCGCGUCCCUAUCAAGACGUUUGACACUGCUUGUGUCUACUUCCACUGGUUCAGACUCUCGUUCCGCGACGCCGAGUACAACUACUCAGAUGCUGCCAUGGCUUGUCUCUUCCUGGCCUGCAAGGUUGAGGACACCAUCAAGAAGUCCAAGGAGAUCCUGUGUGCUGCGUACAACAUUAAGAAUCCCGAGCACCCCACGACCCAGGACGAUAAGAUGUUCGAACAGCCCUCCAAGAUCAUCAUCGGCCUGGAGCGCCUGGUCCUUGAGACCGUCGGCUUCGACUUCCGCUGCCGCUACCCUCAGUCCGCUUUGCUGAAGGCAACCAAGAAGAUCCUGGGUCCCCAGUCCAAGACCGUCUUCGCUACCGCCAUGGAGAUGAGUGUCGACCUGUACAAGACCUUUGCCCCAGUCAAACAGACAACCUACGCCCUGGCCCUAGGUCUUCUAGAGCUCAGCGCCCGCCUCCUCGGCCAGGGCGUCGACAAGGUAGAGAAGAUCAACUACGCAGACUUCCACACGACGCGCCAAAACGUCGUCGAGACGGUCCUCGACCUCCUCGACCUCUACACCCAACAUGGCAAGUCCACGAAGCUCGGCGUCCAGUUCGACCUCAAUAAGUUCAUCGAGGUCAAGAUCGUCAUCAACAGCGAAGUCGACAACACUCCAGGCCUCGUGCGCUACGCCCACUGGUGCACCAAUUGCGACGGCGGCGAGGACGAGAACCUCUCCAACGGCGUCUCCGUCCUCAAGAAUAUUUCCUUCUUUGGUAGCAACUCUGCUAAGCGCAACGGACGCAACCAGGACGGCACCAUGCGCUUCGUGUUCGACCCGGACCGCGCCCGCCAGGAGCGCAAGGAGGUCGAGGCUUACUACCAACCGGAGAUGAAGAAGCUGUUUGCUCACCAACCGCCCUUAGUUUCAGCCUCAGGCCGGUCAUCAAAUGACGGGAGCCUUGCGCUGUUCCACGACACGAUCUACCAAGCUUUGGAGUCACAUAGCUUCCCAAACCACGCCAGACCGAAUUCGCCUCCCAAUUCCUACCAGCGAGAUGUAGACCGCGGCAGUCACUACCCUGCUCUCUUCUGUGACUUGCCUCGUUCUGUCAACAGCGAUAAUCCGGGCAAUGGGUCUUACAAUGGACGCACGGGGCCGAUUGCCACCACUCCUGAACAUCGCAGCAUCGACAGAUCAGAGGACCAUUCUCUAGAACUAAUACUGGCGAGCUUCCCAUACUCGUUCGACGAAUCUUCCAUGGUAGCCAGUCAAUCAGGGUCUCAGAAUUCCGUUAGCAUUGGGUGUAAUGCUCUGCAAGAUCCCCAGAGGUUCUUUGCGACUUUACCGGUCAUGGGUAAUGCUGCACCGUCUGCACAAUGUUCAACUAUAACUCCCUCGAAUAUGGACAACGGGAUUGGCUUCUCCGGCCCAAGAUUCCCAGAACGGCAACCCAGUAAGGCUGCUCAAGCAUUCCAAGCUUCUGACUUCUUGACUAAUGAAGCAGCCGGUGAUUUGAUCGUCGUACCUGGCCACCCCAUGAGCACCAAGAACGCCCAAGUGGCUGCCUUAAGAGACGACAACAACCGCAACAAGGGGCGAAUCGAUAACUCUAACCGGGCUUCUUACAGCCAAUUUCCUCUAGGUGGCAGUAUUAGGCGACGAAGAGACGACUGUGGCUUAGACAGGUCAUCGACACCAGGCGAUUGUCCCUUCUGUGAAAACUUCAGCGGAGAUGCAAAGCGACUCAGCAUGCUUGUGAAGUACCACGGUGUUCUCAACGCUUCAGCACUGCGAGAGAUCUCCUCAGGCACGACAGAUCUGCACAUCAGAAGGCGAAACUAA